AGCUCCCGGGAGGAAAAUCUUACUGGCAUCCAGGAGGCAGGGAGCCAGCCCCUGGGCGCGGCCUGCAAGGGGGCCAGUGAUCGCUGAGGAAAGCGGGGGCAGGACCAGGCCAGAGCUAGUGCCCGCUCAGCAGCCACCUAGAGUCGCAGGAGCUCUCCCAGCGCCUCCACCCCGGUGCGCCCUUCUUGGUCCGCGGACCCCGCGCAGCGCUCGGUCGCUGAUAUGUGUGCCGCCGGGAUGUCACCCCUGGCUCAUAUCUUCCGAGGGACAUUCAUCCACUCCACUUGGACCUGCCCCAUGGAGGUGCUGAGGGAUCACCUCCUUGGCGUGAGCGACAGUGGCAAAAUAGUGUUUUUAGAAGAAGCAUCUCAACAAGAAAAGCUGGCCAAAGAAUGGGGCUUCAAGCCGUGUGAUAUAAGAGAACUGAGCCGCCAUGAGUUCUUCAUGCCCGGGCUGGUUGAUGCACAUAUCCAUGCCCCUCAGUAUUACUUUGCUGGAAGUCAUAUGGACCUGCAGCUUCUGGAGUGGCUGACCAAGUAUACGUUUCCUACAGAACUCAAAUUCAAGAGCAUUGACUUUGCAGAAGAAGUAUACACUAGAGUUGUCAGGAGAACGCUGAAGAAUGGAACAACCACAGCUUGCUACUUUGCAACAAUUUACACUGACUCAUCUCUGCUCCUUGCGGAAAUUACAGAUAAAUUUGGGCAGCGGGCAUUUGUGGGCAAAGUCAACAUGGAUAGGAAUGACACUUUUCCAGAGUAUAAGGAAACCACUGAGGAAUCAAUCAAGGAAACAGAGAGAUUUGUUUCAGAAAUGCUCCAAAGGAACUAUCCUAGAGUGAAGCCCAUAGUGACACCACGUUUUGCCCUUUCCUGCUCUGAGAGGUUGAUGAGUGAACUUGGAAAAAUCGCAAAGACUCACGAUUUGCACAUUCAGAGCCAUUUGAGUGAAAAUCCUGAUGAAGUUAAAGCUGUGGAAAACUUAUACCCCAGUUACAAAAACUAUACAGAUGUGUAUGAUAAAAACGGUCUUCUGACCAAUAAGACAGUGAUGGCACAUGGCUGCUACCUUUCCGCAGAAGAACUGGAUGUACUCAAGGAAAGAGGAGCAUCGCUCUCGUUUUGUCCCAAUUCUAACAUAUCGAUCCGCAGCGGCUUUCUCAACGUGGUGGAAGUGCUGAAACGUGAAGUGAAAGUAGGACUGGGUACAGAUGUGGCUGGUGGCUAUUCACCUUCUGUGCUCAAUGCAAUCAGAACAGCAAUGAUGACUUCCAAUAUCUUUUUAAUUAAUAAGAUCAAUACAGAAGGCCUCACCUUUGAAGAAGUAUUCAGACUAGCUACUCUUGGAGGCAGCCAAGCCCUGGGACUGGAUAAAGACAUUGGAAACUUUGAAGUGGGCAAGGAAUUUGAUGCCCUCUUGAUCAACUUCAAAGCAUCUGACUCUCCCAUUGAUCUGUUUUAUGGGGAUUUAGUUGGUGAUGUUUCUGGGGCUAUUAUCCAGAAGUUUCUCUAUCUAGGAGAUGACCGAAAUAUUGAAGAGGUUUAUGUGGGCGGAAAGCUCGUGGUUCCCUUCUCAAGCUCGGUCUAAGAUCCUCGGCAUCUCCGAGUUUUCCUGGCUAACGUGCUUCUGCGCCUCCCUUGUGUCCAGGAGGAGUUAGAAAGUCAAAAAUUAGUACCUUGUUCUCGAGAUGAUUAUCUCUUUCUAUGUCUACUUAAAGUACUCGCCUUGACAAAUCGAAGGAAGUUGUGCCGAUUUUCAAUUCUAUGGUUGGGAGAAUUCAAAAUUUCUCCUUUUUGAGCUGUUCAGAUUUACUUAGAGUUUAAACAUAAGAAUGUUAUUACUAGUGCUGUUCUUCUUCUGAGAUUUAAGUAAAAUCUAUUUCAUAUGUCGAAAUGUGGAGAGGAAAGGUAUUCCUAGCAGGUUAGGUAUUUUGAGCUAAUAACUGUGAAAAUUAGAUAUGGAAAAUGAACCAGUGAGUCUAUUUUUACAAGGGAGAAAAAGUUAGACUAUGGACAAACAUUGAAAAAUCACUUCAGAUUGUUUGCAAAUUAUAUACUGAGCCUACUAAUUUAAAAGAAGAAGUUGUUGAGUUUUAAAACGUGUUUCCAAGACUGACUUUGUGUUCUGGACAUUUGUGCUUAAUGGAAUUCGUAUUUCAGCGAUUUGUUAUUGUUGUGCUUUGCCUUCUUUGGGGUGAAUUGUCAGUGACCGAAUGCCACAUGCUUUCUUAAUAUAGUUCUGUGCUUCAAAGUGUUCAACAGAAGUUGGACAUUAAAGAUUUAGAGUCUCUUAGGAAUAUUAUUCAUAUAGCUACAUGGCAUAAAUGGUUGUAUGUUUGUGUACCUUAAAUCACCUUAACAUAUAACUGCGUGAUGCUGUUAUUACUUCAGUUUUAUUAGAAGAGAAACAAAGUCCAUCCUCCUCUGUUGUGUAGACUGAAGUCUUCAUAAACUGGAGCAAGUGCUGGGCGUUCUGAAGCUGUCAGUACUGAGAGGGGGAGUUUCCUUACUAUGAUUUCUUCUCCCCAGGAUCUAAGCCGUGGUUGCUGGCAAUUUCAUAUUCAGAUCAAUCUGUUAAAACUUUCAAAUGAAGGACAAAUCCUAUUGAAAGAAAUAUUAAAAUCUUUAAACCCUGCCUAUUGAAAGCACUCUAUUUUUCAAUUUUAUCCUAUUGUCUUUGUAAUUCCUAAUGGUUUUAGGGCAUUGGAAUUUUAGUUUAAUGAAAAACAUAUAGGCAUCUCACUUACUGUUUAUAUUAAUAGGAUUGACUCUGUACAAGAUACCUAGAAACAUUAAACAAAGAGUAUUUUUUGUUUCCUAAUUAGUGCUCUUUUCCAUAACCUAUAAUUAAAAAAACAAUUAUGACUAUGAUAAAUCCUUAAGAAAUAGGGAUGUGAAUGAUAUUUAAGUACUAUCUUUUUCUCAUUUGAUUCCAAAUAAUAUAAACUAAGAAGGAAAAGGAGAUUUUUCUUAAUAUUUCCUAACACUCAUACCAAGGGCUUGGGUUUGACCUCUUAUCAUUGUCUUAUAGUCAAAACUUUAUGUUAUGCUGCUAACUCCAGGUACACAGAAUGAAGAAGAAAAUUCUCCCUCUUGUACAAUAAUUUUUAUUCUUACCUAAUCAUGCUAAUUCAGAGAUAAUUUACUCACAAUUUUUUUUCCUGCUGGAAACACUUUUAGAUUUGGUCUUGUGUAACUACACCUAUUGAUAGAACACAUUUUUGGUCUUUAUUUUUAAUAGCAGGGUUUUGGGACAUUUAGUAACUCAGUAAAUCCAGCUUCUAGUCUCAGUAGCUGUAUUUCCAGAAUUCCUAACUGCUGAGCCAAGUCAGAGACGGCCCACCGAACUUCUCCCCAUUCCUCUUUAGUGCCAAGGUGUGUUUUCUGCUCUGUCUCUUGAUCCAUGUGGGAAGAAGUUAGUUUCCUGGUGGCUAACCCACAUCAUGAGUGAGCUUAAGAAUUUGGAGGAGUCAUUCAAGGUCCACUGGUAGGCAGCAGCUGUGUCCAGCCUUUAGAAGAUCAGUAGUUUUACCUUCCUGAAGGUCGUCGUACAUUUAUGGCUGAACAUCAGUUUGCAUUUAGAUUUAGUAUUCAUAUGCAGUAAAUAUAAAUAAGUGCAGUGUCGGAAACAGGAAAAAUGGCCAUAUAUAACAACCACUCUGUCAAAUGUCAAAUUGAGCCCUGGUAAUAUGUUAAAACUUAAGUGUCUUUUCUAAUAAAAAUGAGUUAGUUGUGAUGUUUACAUGUGCUUUGAUCUUCCUGAAUCACUUAGAACUAAUGGGCUUUAUUCUUCAAGUGUCAUGUUCACAAUGUUGCAUGUGCUUUUGGCCACACUUUGGGCAUUAGCUGUACACGGGCCCAGAUGUCCUGCACUCUGAAACGUUGCCUUUGUCUGAUGUGGGUUGACUUCUGAAUUGUGGAGAGGCAGUAUUCCAAGCCAAUUCUAUUUGUCACUUUGUGUUUGAAUAUUUUGCUCUCUGACAGGUAAGAAAAACUUAAAACUUCUAAUUGGAUUCCUCACUUCACCUUACAUUAUUUUGCCUCAGGUUUCAUGGUAUUUUUAAUGGACUAAACUUCAAGAGGCCAAAAUUUAUUCAGUCAUACAUUUGAAAAAUAUUUUUGCAACCAGAACACAAAAGCAGGCUAAUUAAACUCAGAUAAAUUUAAUUUUCCAAAAGAGAGUAAAACACGGGGUAGGGGCAUGAGAGGAUGUCCUCGUUAUGGUAAACUGAGGCCAAGGAGACUCUGCUCUCUUAUUUACUCUCCCAGCUUCUCUGAUUCCAUUGCCAAGGUUUGAGAGUCUAAGAGAAUAUCUUUGAACACACUCUCUUCAUGCCAGGAGGAGGUCUUUCUAAUUUAAUGUUGUGAGCAUCAAAACCCAUCAACUUUUUUUUUUUUUUUACUUUUGUGCGAAUCCUGCACGGUUAGGAAAGGGAAGUGGUGGGAAAACACACCUGUUAGGUUUAGUUGCUUUUAAAGUGUGCCCUUGAUUGGAUGUUCAUCUCAGCUGUUGGCAGCUACAGCUGAAAUGUCAGGGAGGAGACGAUGGGUGUGAGAUCCAGUGACAUAUUUUGAAACUUCACUGCUUUCCAAACUCUUCCUGUUUUUAAUCUCAUCUCAGAACCAGAUAUACAGAAAGCCUUAAAGCCUUCCAGCUGAAGGCUUGCCGUGUCAGUCGACAUGGAAGAGAUCCAGAAUCAGAUGCUUCUUCUGGACAUCUUUCCAUUGUCUGUUCUUUAAAGCUGAUGAUGAUGCAGAAACACUGAGAUGUUCAGAAAGAGUGUUCUGAGUCACCAGAAGGUGAAGUACGUAAUGUGUCAUGGGCAAUAUCUUGACCUAACUUUUAAAUGGUGAGGAUUAUUGUGAAUUUUUAAUGUUUUUUUUCCUGAAGGCUUACAAGAGACACUUGCAGAUUCUGAUUGACCUAGCCAGUUUAGGUACGACUUUGAACCCCAACACACUUGGGUGUCUCUAAAGGAAAAGCCCAGCACGAGGUGCACAAAUGAACGGACACCGUUGGGAACCCAGGCACUGGUCCCCAAACGCGUUUUCAUGCCUGGGCUCUCCUCCCUGUUUCUCUCACAGCUUUGAGGGUGAGAGAUGAAGCCCUGAGGGUUUAGUUCUGGUUCAGAUUUAGUGAAAUGCAAAAGUUGACAGGCCAAUGGUGAAAUUAAACAUAAAUUCCAAGGUGGCUUCCCCAGUCCUCAGGGUUCAAGGGACUGAGUGCCACAUGUUAGGUGGCAGUAACUUGCUGUCCUCUUCCCACUCAGAAGCCUGUCAGAAAGCAUUCUUUAUUGAAAAGCACUUCAUGUCAUUGUUAAACACCUGAUUGCUGCUCUGGAGAAUAAAUAGAUACGUAUGUGUAUGUAUUCACGGAGACAUUUUUUCUCAAUAUUUGUAUGGUUUGCUUAUUGUUUAUGUGCAGAGUGAGCUCCUUUGUGCUUUGGGAAAAAAUAAAUGAGAUUUUGUGUUUGA